CUAAACAUCUUGGGUCGAAAGCUAGUACUUGUCAACCAUGCGCCCUGUAAGGCAGGCUGGGAGGAUUGGAGUGGAUGGGGUCAGAAACCUGAACCGGCCAUGAAGGAAUUUUUCGAUUAUCGUCUGCUGACAAAGUUUGUUGUGUACUAAAGAGAGUCUUGACAAAACUUGGAUAAAAUUAGGCUCGAACGUGUUAAACAGCAACAAUCAAAUCUCUUUAACGAAGAUUCUAAAAUUUUUGUAGAUUUUUCAAAGAUUUUUUGAAACAGUUUGUACUAUGAGUAACAGUGGUAUACUUUUCUUGAAAUGCAGUCAUAGCACCAUUCAAGUUAACCCGAUUGAAGAGAAACUGUUUUGAGUUUCUGACUCCUUUUUUCAUUGAGGAUUUCAUUAUUAUAAAACGUCUUUAAUGUUUGACAUCUUGGAGCACCCAACAUUUGAUGUGACACUGACGUCCCUAUGUAUAAGACAAGCUAACAGAGCAGUUCGAUUGGGUCAGUAUUAUUCUGUGAGCUGGCUCACGUGACCUUCGCCUGCUUCAGCCUGAUACACUAACAGCCUCCAAGGCUGACAACAGGCAUUACGGCUAUCAUGGAAAAAUUCUGGACGGUUUUGCGGCUUUUAAAAAUAGUUGUGGCAGUAUUGACAUUGACCUCAGCGGUAAAGGGUCAGGUCGGGUCAACACAAGCAGAAACUGCACAGACAAUAAGUGACCUUCGGUAUGUCCUGGGGUCAAAUUAUUCUUUGCUUGUGGCAGCCUACUGGAGGCACAUGAUCGCAUCCUGUGAGCUGGUCAGUUACAAGAUGGCCAAUGAUUUACAAACAAGAAAUUUAAACAAAUUUUGUGUAUUCAUGAUUCCUUGCCCAGUGGUGUAUCCCAGUCAAUCGUGUCUUGUACAGGUCACUGCAUUGUAUAUAAAUCUGGCCUGUUGUCCAAACAUCCCAUUUAUUGAAGAAGCCACCACAGUGCCGUCAAGGGUGUUCACAUCCCCACAACCGACAUGUCCGUACGGCCCAGUGCUUCCAGAUUCCAAAAUCUACGGAGGCUUUGAAGCAGAACCCGGCGAGUUUCCUUGGGUGGUCAUGCUACUGAGAGACGGAGUUUUCUUCUGCGCAGGGACAAUCGUCGACAGUACACACGUCAUGACUGCCGCCCAUUGUUUCAAGUAUUUCCCAGAAAGCGCUGUCUACGAAGUCCUCGCUGGCCACCACAAGUUUGACAUCAGCCAGUCGGAAGUGGGAGAUCAGAGAGUCGCGGUCAAGACGAUCAAAGUACAUGAAAAUUUUAAUCAAAAUACUUACAGCAAUGACAUCGCAAUGAUCACACUCACCUCGCCACUGACUAUAACAAGCUAUGUCACCCCAGCGUGCCUUCCUUCAGUGUCGGAUUCCUUAGAACCAACUUGUACAGUAGCCGGCUGGGGUAAAACAAAUGGUGGUAAACCUCCGACUGUACUUAUGAACGUAAGACUAAAUGCUUACAACGCCACGGAGUGUCUGAAAACGUUUGACCAGUCCAAGAACUUACUGGACAUUCAGGUAGCCAACGACAUGAUUUGUGCAGCCAACGGAACAUUUGGCGGGAAAGACUCUUGCACGGGCGACUCGGGCGGGCCGCUCAUGUGCAGCAAGAUGACGUCAGACGGUAGCUACAGGUACUUUGUGUUUGGUAUUGUGUCCAACGGGAACGGUUGCGCCAUUCCAGGGGAGCCAGGAGUGUAUACAAAUGUGGCCAGAUUUCUGAAUUGGAUAAAAGACAAUACGAUAAACUCAUGAGAAACCGAUUAUUGUAAUUAGCGUAUAUAUAGUUACUUGUUUAUUGUUUUGUUGUUGUUGUUGUUUUUGUAAAUAUAUUUCAUACCUCGCACUGAAAAUAAAGACACCUGUACCAUU